AUGUCCUUCGGAAUUGCUGUUGGGGAUUUCAUCGCUGUUGGGAAACUGAUCAAGGAAACUGUCGGCUGCCUACGGUCUGUAGGUGGAGCUGAGUCGGAAUAUCAGGAGCUGAUCAGAGAUCUCAAAGCACUCGAUACAUCAUUACACCACCUCGAUCACAUCGAGGACGACAGGAAUGCAUCCGCUCAUGUUGGCCCGAUCAAGAUUGCUACCACGAAAUGCAGGUUACAGCUUGAAGGGUUCUUGUCAAGAGUAAAGAAGUAUGAAAGAUCUUUGGGCUCCGCCAGCCACGCAUCCACUUUGAGGGCUACAUCAGACAAGCUCGGUUGGCAUUUUCGUCGGAAAGACCAGAUCGAGCAACUUCGACGAGACAUCCACAUCUGCCACAGUAUCAUCAGCCUCCAUCUAGCGCAACACAGCCUUGAGCGCCUAGAGAUCUUGCGCGUAACAACCGCAAUUGACUUCUCGCAUACCUCCGAACAGCUUCAUCACGCCCAGACCGCUCUUGAGCACAUCAACAAAGAGAACACGCGCCAGGCAGACGUGUUGAGUGAUGUCCAAACACUGCUUCAAGACAUGCAUCAGUUCGUCUUCGGAGACGUCAAAUCGUAUUUGAUUCGUCUCUUCCAGCUCAUCAGCAGUACCCUCGAAGCACACGACGAAACGUCCGAUAUGACCCCUUUGGAGACUAUCCUCCCGCCUACGGCCCGGUUGCUGGAGAUAUCGCCAAAAUGGACGGUGUUGUAUCCUGUUAUAGUGUGUCAGUGGGAGGUCCUGUAG